AUGGCCCCAGUUUGGAAGGAUAAGAAAGAGGAAAUCAGGCAGCUGUACCUGGUACAAGGGUUGAGCCUCGCCCGGACAAGACGGGAAAUGGAGAGGCGCGACUUCUACAAAUCUACGGCCGACUUAUACCACGUUGAUCCUAUAGUCGAGCCAUCCGGAGGGCAAUCUGUCGCCGGAGGAGACCUUGCUGCAUAUGGUCAUGACUAUGCGGGGCUCUUCAUCACUCGGCAAGUCGGCAUUGGCGCUACAAGCCUUCACGAUGCUGUCAUUCAUGAAGAUGAAGAACAGGUGAAAGAUUGGCUUCUCCAAAGAGCGCCGAUUGACGUCGGAGACAUACACGGUAAUCUGCCGCUGCAUUAUGCUCUUCAUCACCGGAGCAAUAAAAUCGCCAAACUUCUUCUGGGCUAUUACGAAAAAGAUGCGGAACCCCUGGUCAACCCUAGGCAUGUCCAUUCAACACUGUGUUAUCAAGAUGAAAACGGUGACACCCCUCUCCAUUUGGCCAUUUCACCGGACAGCUUACAGUAUGAGCAUGACGAAAGUAUUCUCACUCUCUUGCUGAAGGCCGGUGCAAACCCUUACACUCCUAACAAGCUCGGCAUUAGCCCAGUCCAGAAGGCUGUGGAUUUCAUCUCGCCUACCAUGAGCUGGAAUCAUGCACGUCAUGUCGACAAAAUGUUGGUUGUAAGGUCAGUUGGCCUCACUGCAGAAGCGAGAAACUCUCUGUUUGAGCGCUUCCUUGAGAGAUCGGACAAUGCGUGGAUCGAGGGAGACACUUCUUCCAAUUCAUUAUUCAGGGAUUUCUUAUGCCACGGCGCGGAUGCAGACAUCCCAACUGGGCCGACAUCCCAACGGCUGCUGAAAUAUUUCUUGGACUACUGCUAUCGUACCCGCCACACGUGGAAGAAUUGUGAUCUGUCGCUUGCGGCUCUGAUAUGUCAGAAGCUCGAUGUGACCAAAGUCAGCAUCAAACGCGACACUUACCUGCACGAGCUGAUAAGCUUCGUGGGUGCUUGGAAUUAUAGCCCUUCGAUGUCAGAACUGAUCGGGGGAUUAGUAAAGAGGAAGGUAGAUGUCAAUCAUCUCAACGCCGACGGGAAAACUCCUUUGAUGCUUCUGAUGGAGAAACGGCAGCUUGUCGAUGAGGUCCACGAUGUGCUUGCCUUUCUCCUUAGCCAUGGAGCAGACCCCUGGAUCCCUGAUGCCAAGGGAGAUUUUCCGGUAUAUGCUGCCGUCCGCAACAAUCCCAGGAUGGGGAUCAAACUUGGAAAGGCCAUUCUUCACGCUAAUUACACACUGGACCCAAUAAUCGCCUGCCACGACGACUGGUGGCAAUCGUGGAAGCAUGCUCUCAUCCUGACGGACUGGGAUAUUGCCAGCAAGGUGCUCCAGCGCGCUUCUCACCUGCUGCCGCCAAGUAUUGAGGUGCCAAUCUUCCAUCUAGCACUGACCGUCCUCGCCGAGAAAUACCUGCAGCGAGCAACAGAUUGGUACUUGAGCACUGAUAAGAGUCCCCAGGAGUGGAAUCACCAUUUGGCCAUCGUCGCAGGUAUACUCACCAAGAGUCAUGGUUUAGAUGUCAGCCCCCAAUGGUUCCAUUAUCUCCUGGUGCUUAGAUGCCGCACAUCCAUGUGA